AUGCAGGGCCUCACAGCCAAAUCUGCUGGCAAGAAGGCUCAUACUGAUGACUUCCAGAUCCUCCACACCAUUGGUGAAGGCACCUUCGGUAAAGUGAAGUUGGCCCGGCACAUUCUGACCGGGACACAGGUGGCUGUGAAGGUCAUAAAGAAAAGGCGUCAGAGCUUCUCAAGUGUCCAGGCACUUUUCCGGGAAGUGUGCAGUCUGAAGGCUCUGAAUCACCCCAAUAUUGUGAAACUGCUGGGGGUGAUUGACACAGAGGAGACAUGUUUCGUGGUGAUGGAGUACCUCAGUGGGGGGGACAUGUACCGCUAUUUGAAGAUCCACGGCCGUAUGACAGAGGCGGAGGCCCGAGGCCCGUUCCAGCAGCUGGUCUCCGCCCUGCAGCACUGCCACCGGAGGGGCAUCGUGCACCGGGACCUGAAGCCACCGAGCCUCCUCUUUGAUUCCAAGAUGAAUAUCAAACUUACAGACUUUGGCCUCAGCAACAAGUGUGAUGACAUUUUCCAACUGGACACGACCUGCGGCACACACCCUUAUGCUGCCCCGGAACUCCUCCUGGGGCAGAGCUCCAGCGGCCCUGCGGUGGACGUGUGGAGCUUGGGAGUAGUGCUGUACACCAUGGUAACUGGGUCCCGGCCCUUUGUGGGAAAAGACUUCCAGGAGCUGCGGAAGCAAAUCCUACAAGGGCAAUACCCCAUCCCACCUUAUCUGUCUUUGAAGAUAAGGGAUCUGUUACAAAAAAUGAUUGCCCUCAACCCCAGUGACAGAGGCACCUUACGUUUGAUUGAGUGCUUUGGGUUUCUACCCUCUGUUUUGCAGUUUCCCUGUAAGAGCUUCUCUGGUCAGUGGCUCAGCCAUGCUAACAGCUCCCAGACCUACACCUCUGCCUCUGUCUGGAGCCCCAAGUACGGCGUGUAG